AAAAAGCAGGAGUAAGUAACUUAACCAUAAUUAAGCUGAUGGUGGUUGUCUCACAAAAACUAACGACCGCCCAAACGCUGUCCGAAAUCCAAGCAAGCAGUUACGAAUCCAACUGAACAAUUCACAUCCAUUCAGCUUUCAUUUACAUGCACACACACACAAACACACACACACACAAACUAUUUUAUCAUAUUUCCAAGAACCAUUCAUCUCCUACUUUUUCUCUGACUCAUUCAUUUCCCCCAUCAAACAUCCAUUUCAAACUUUCCAGCUCAACUGAGAUGUUGUUCUUCUCAAACCCUAGUUAGUUACUUUGUGUGAAUACAAGGAGAUAUACAUGUUAUGAUGGCAGAUCCCUCACACAAGUUAUACACAAAGUUGAGACUUUGGGAGUUUCCUGAUCAGUAUGUGAUUGAGCCUACUGAUGGCUCUUCCGGUUCUUGUCUGGCCAUCAGUCGUGUUGAUGGUUCGAUGAAUAUGAUAGAGGCAAUUCCACAUUGUAGUGCCGUUCGAGUGCCUAAGAUUUUAACAAUUUUUGGAAUAGUUGGGAUGCUUAAGCUUUUGGCAGGAUCAUAUUUGAUAGUUAUUACGCAACGGGAAUGUGUGGGGACUUACUUAGGGCAUCCUUUUUAUAAAGUUACUUCUCUAAAAAUAUUUCCCUGUGACCAUUCUCUCAAGAAUACCCCUACAGAACAGAAAAAGAUGGAGACAGAGUUUUCUGCCCUACUAAAUGUUGCAGAGAAGACUCCUGGUCUGUAUUUCUCGUAUGAUGUCAACAUAACCUUGAGUUCACAACGAUUGCAUGAGUUAGGCGAUGAUACCAAAGUGCUGCCUCUGUGGAGACAGGCAGAGCCUCGAUUUUUGUGGAACAACUUUAUGUUGGAAGUGCUCAUAGAUCAUAAGCUUGAUCCAUUUCUACUUCCUUUGGUCCAAGGGAGUUUUCAAAGCUUUCAAGCUGCAAUUGGGAAAGAUAUUAUUGAUGUUACUCUCAUUGCUAGGAGGUGUACUCGAAGAAAUGGAACUCGGAUGUGGAGAAGAGGGGCUGAUGCCGACGGGUACGUUGCUAAUUAUGUCGAGUCUGAGCAAAUUAUAAAGUUGAAUGGAUAUAGAGCGUCUUUUGUUCAGGUUCGAGGCUCAAUGCCUUUUCUUUGGGAUCAGAUUGUUGAUCUAACGUACAAACCAAAGUUUGAGAUCGUGAAGCAUGAGGAAGCACCUCGAGUUGCCGAAAGGCAUUUUUUGGAUAUGAGGAAAAAAUACGGGAAUGUGAUAGCUGUUGAUCUUGUCAACAAGCAUGGCGGGGAGGGACGGUUAAGUGCAAAGUACGCUGAUGUAAUGCAGCAUGUUUCUGGUGACGACGUCAGGUACCUGCACUUUGAUUUCCAUCAGAUUUGUGGACAUAUCCAUUUUGAGCGGCUUUCCGUCCUAUAUGAUCAAAUUGAGGAUUUUCUUGUUAAAAAUAGGUACCAUUUGUUGAAUGAUAAAGGAGAGAUUGUUGAGGUACAGAGUGGAAUUGUGAGAACCAACUGUGUUGAUUGCUUAGACCGGACAAACGUAACACAGAGCAUGAUUGGUCGAAAGAUGUUGGAGUUUCAGCUUAGAAGGCUUGGUGUCUUUGACGCUGCAGAGACUAUUAGUUCAUAUCCAAAUUUUGAUGAUAAUUAUAAGAUAUUAUGGGCUAAUCAUGGGGAUGACAUAAGCAUUCAGUACUCUGGUACUCCAGCUUUGAAAGGAGACUUUGUCAGAUGUGGCCGGCGUACAUUUCAAGGUAUUGUGCAAGACGGAUUUAAUGCCCUCAUGCGCUAUUACCUAAACAACUUUUGUGAUGGUACAAAACAGGAUGCAAUUGAUCUACUACAAGGACACUAUAUUGUUUCGGUCGGCCGAGAAACGAUACCAGCAUCUCAUAAAGGAGGCAUCGAGUCUAUAGCUUCAUUUCGGCUGGCCUUGUCCCUCGUGCUGAUUGGGUUAUUUUUUGCAAUGAUGUCUUUGAGGCGAGUCCGAUAUGAUCUUUGGCAAUUAGUCUUUUCGAUUAUGUGGGCAAGCAUGAGUCUGGCAAUAGCAGCAUUUGUGAAGACCCAUGGCCGUCUUUUUUGUAACCGCCCCAGUCUGCAUAAGCCUCCACGCUAGUAUUAGCACAGGCUGUUUCAUUUACUCUGAAUAUCAGACGGAAUUGUAAGCUUUGGUGGUCAAUAUCUUGUCCAUUUGAAGUAUUAGUUAUAGGUUCUAGUUUCCAUUUCUUAUCAAAUGUCUGAUGAAUCGAAACACAUUUAUUAUCCGUCCCUCUAAAGGAUGCUACAUCAUUUGUAUGUUCAUUUUCCUGUUGAAAAGUAUCGAAGUGUAAAUGAAUAGUUGUUUUUAUCAAUUUUGAACUCCAGUUUGCAUCUGGAUAUGGAUUUUUUUUGUCAAGCAUGCAUUUU